UAAACGAACUUCAUACUCGCAACAACCAAAAAAAAAUCCCAUAAAGGCUUCUGUUUUGGUUGAUAAUCCUCCAAAUGUUCCUCUCGUUUCGAUUAGAGGCGGAGUCCGUUGGCUUUGGAUGACUGGAGUGGCUGAAGGUCGCCAGUAGAACUACCCCGUCCUGAAUUGCACUAAGAGGGGAUCCACCUGCAAAGAAAUAAGUGGAGAACUUAGUAGAAACUCGAAUGUGUCCCCCGCAUUGCUUUUGAUGAAGUGAACUGAGACCACUUGGAAUGGAUUACUAGUGUUUCGCUCCUCGCAUGCCUGCUCCUCCUGGCCCGCAGCUUGAGACGCAGGACGGUGAGUCAUUGGAAGUGAGAGAAAAGGACACCACAAGGCAAGAAAGGAGAAGAAACUGGCGAAAAAUCGGAUGAUUUCUGCAUCCCAUAAAAUGGAUGCAGAAAAAUCAGCGAAGGAAGGGAAGAUGGUCCAUCGGGGGAUCUACCUCACCUGUGUGCUGACCCCCUGCCGCGCCCUGGGGGUGUGUGUGACGCUGAUGACCCUGGUGGCUAUGGGAGCCGCCGUCUGGGCCGUAGUCACGUACUGCACCAUGGAAGAAGAUACAGGACUUUAUGAAGUUCAGGUCAACUCUGCCGACCAGCAUCUCCAGGUCUUUGACUCCGCCCAGAAAAGAUGGCGGCAGGUAUGCUCCUCCUCGGCCAAUGAGCUUCUGGCUAGCAUAAGCUGCGAGGAAGUUGGCUUCGUCAGUGUAGUGAACUACUCUGUCGCGUCGGUCCCAGACGGGAGCAGCGAUCCUGGCGACUUUUUCUGUGUCAAACCGGAAGAGUUGAGCUACGGAAAGAAGAUCAGAGACUCCUUGUUCCCAUGUGACUGCGAGAGCAGGGAGGUUCUGACACUGUUGUGCCAAGGUACGACUCGCGGCCGGCGCAGUCUGACGGAGGACCGCAUCGUGGGGGGUCUUGACUCGCGGCAGGGCAGCUGGCCCUGGCAGGUCAGCCUGCGGUACGACGGGGUGCACCAGUGUGGCGGGUCCCUCAUCUCAGACCGCUGGAUCGUGUCUGCGGCGCACUGCAUCCGUGAACGGUUCCGCUCGGUGUCCCGCUGGCGUGUGCUGCUGGGCUCCGUCUACAACACCCCGCCCAACGCCACCGUGGUGGAGGUGAAGACCAUCGCGAUUGUCAUCGAGAACACCUCUGCUGUCUAUCAGACCCGAGAGCCACGCCACCCCUACCCCUCUUCUAUAGACCCCGGCAGAGACAGGAUCACUCUGAAACGCUCAGAGUGA